AUGAUCGGAGUCGCCCUCAUCACCGGCGCCGCUUCUGGCAUCGGCCGAGCCACGGCUGAGACCUUCGUGAAAGAAGGAUGCACCAAGCUCGUGCUUGCCGAUAUCGACGAGGAGGGGUUCCAGACUGUGGCAGACGGUUUGCGUGCACUCAACCCCGACGUCCAGGUCGUCACCGUCAAAGUCGACGUUUCCUCCGAGACUGACGUCCAGCACAUGGUGUCCACUGCCGUUGCGAAGUUCGGUGCUAUUCAUUAUGCUGUCAACAAUGCCGGGAUCAGUAGCAAGCCCCGCGUGAAGACGCACGAAUUGUCCACCGACGCGUGGGAUCGGGUCAUUGCUUUGAAUUUGCGCGGGGUGUGGCUCUGCGAGAGGGCAGAAAUCCAGCAGAUGCUGCGCCAGGAGACUACCCUCGUUCCACGAACCGGAGCGCCUCCCCAGCGGGGAUCCAUCGUCAAUGUGUCGUCUAUAUUCGGGGUGCUGUCACACCCAACGGUUGGGGGGUAUGCUGCAGCGAAGGCUGGUGUUCUGGGAAUCUCCCGAACGGAUGCCGUCGCUUAUGGUGCGGAGGGUAUUCGCGUUAACAGUGUUCUACCUGGGUUUAUCAAGACACCACUCUUGGAAGAGUCUAUCCGUCAGGGAUCCAACUACGACGACCUCAUUCAAACAGUCCCUGUUCGGCGAUGGGGCACGCCACAGGAGGUUUCGGAGGUGAUUGCUUUCCUGGCUGGUGAAAAGGCCAGUUUCAUCAAUGGGUCGGAGGUGUUGGUUGAUGGAGGAUAUAGCAAGAUUUGA